AUGUCAGGCGGUAUUCUUUUGAGUGGAGGCCAACGCCAGAGGAUCGUAAUUGCUCGAGCCCUUGUUCGAAAGCCGAAGCUGUUAAUUUUGGAUGAAGCGACCUCUGCUCUGGACGCUCAAUCCGAGUCGCAUGUCCAGGAGGCAAUUGAAAACCUCUCACAGGAAGACAUCACCCUUAUCAUUAUUGCUCAUCGCCUGUCGACGAUUAAGAACGCCGACGAAAUCUUCCUUCUCGAUAAUGGAUCAGUUGCUGAAAAUGGUACUUUCGGCGACCUGCUAAGAGAUGGAAGGCAGUUCGCCGCCUUUGUCGAAAAGCAGCAAGUCAGAUGA